ACGUGAGUCUCAAUGGUUAUCACGCUGGUGUCACAUGAUGUCGCUCUGGAGAAAGGACGAAAGGUCGCAGAAUGAACAGAGAACAGACGGAAGAUCUCAAGGCGUUCGAGCAGCGUGUCAUUGACUGCGUUUCCCACGUGAGAAGAAGAUCCAUCAAGUGGAGAGUUCUCGUGGCUGUGGUGUUGCUGUGGGUGGUGGUCUCCAUGUGGAGCUGGUGGACAGAUGGUUCUGAGCAUGACAACUACCUGGACAUGUUCUACUCCAACAAGAGCCUCUGUUUGAGUAUCACAGUAUUCUUCUUUGUCUACAUACUGGGAUUCUUUGACAGGCAGAAUGCAGCCAACAUAAUCACUAACAGGUGCAGAUCAGUGCUACACGACUUCAACAUGUCUUGUAAUGACCAAGGAAAGCUGAUCAUCCUAAAGAGAACUAAAAUGCUCUCCCCUGACCCAUGGAAACACUCAUAGUCUAUAUAUUUUUUACAGAUUGUACUAUUCCCACCUUUUCAUUGAUAAAAGAUUCAUCAUAUUUGUGUGUACAUAAUAAUAAUGCAAAAACAAAUGGCGUAUAAUAGAGUGCAUGUACACUAACUUACACAAGUCAAGAGCUUUGUACAACUGGGGAAGUUUCAUGCGCACGCAAAGAGCUAUGUAUAUACUACAACCUAAGCUAUAUAUUAUAUACAAUGUGGGUCCGUCUUUACACCCUAGAAUCAGUCGUUCUUUGAAUGGAUUUCUCUUCAGUUCCAGUAUCCACCACCACCACCGCCGCCAGAGUAGGGCCCACUGCGACCGCCACUAGAUCCUCCUCCUCCUCCUCGUGCGUAAUCGGGCCAGCCACCACCCGACGAAGACUUUCCAAGGGACCCUCCGCUGGCCGGGGUUUUCGACGAGCCGUAGCUCCCGCUGCCGUAACCGACGCUCUUCCCGCUGGUUGCGGCACCUCCGUAGGCCCCAGCAAGCAAGUCCGCCCCGCGAUGACUGUUACCGGCACGGUUUCGGGGCAGAGGGUAGGACAAGAGUGGCUCGGGGCGAGAAUCGUGCCCUGAACCAUGAAGAGACAUGCCUGAAGCUUCGGACCUGCUAUAGUAAGGUCGCCUGUCGUCGAGCCCUCCUCCGCGGUCGUUGCGAUCUCCAGGGUAGUCCCUGUCCCUGGACGAAGAGUAGGGGUUAGGAGGUGGCGGUGGGGAAAGAGGGGGCCUGCUGUGAUAGCCAUCAUCUCGACGUUGAUCGUACAUCGAAGGUGGGUCAAGCUGGCUCCUAGUGAGCACCUCGCUGUAAAGCUCCUCGCGAGCCUGCAUGUAGGCCAUCUCGCGUUCUAUUAUCAGGAGACGCUCAAGUCUAUCCUCGUAGGCCAGUCGAUGGUCGUCAAGACGAGGGGGAGGAGGCGGGGCAUAGUCCCUCUCCCUCUCUCUCGGCAGAGGUGGCGGGGACCGACUGCGGGGCUGGCCUAUCACACAACAAACACACAGAAAAGCUAGAAGGUCAUCAGUAAGUGGGUAAAAAGAUGCAUCACAACUCCAAAGAAAGCAAACAGGAGUGUUGGUAGAUAUCACAAACACAGACAAGUAAAAAGCAUGCAAAACAGGACCAAGAGAGUUUUAUAGUUAGAAGAAGAGAGAGGACACACACAAGGCAAGGAAAUAUACGUACUAUCGCGCAAGCACACAAGAAUCAUGCAUCUUUACCAUGCAAGAAUAUAAGAGACAAUACCAAUUCAUGCAAGACAGGGGGGCAAACAAAAGCAAGCAACCCCAAAAGCAUGCAACCACAGAUAAAGAAGAUACCAACAAAGGGGUGUGUAGGUCACUCAAUGGCCUGGAAAAGUUGGUUGAAAGUGGGC